UUUGCCUGCAGAGCAGCACCAUGUCUUGUGGACCAGUAUGCACCAACCUGGGACUCAAGCCUGGCCAGCGCCUCACUGUCAAGGGAAAAAUUUCACCGAGUGCCAAGAGUUUUGUGAUGAAUCUGGGGAAGGAUCCUACCAACCUCGGGCUUCACUUCAACCCCCGCUUUGAUGCUCAUGGUGAUGUCAACACCAUUGUGUGCAACUCCAAGAAGCUGGAAGAGUGGGGUGCAGAGCACAGGGAGACUGCCUUCCCGUUCCAGAAGGGAGGCACAGCAGAGAUUACUUUCAGUGUCAGCCCAAGUGAUCUGACAGUCUACAUGCCAAGCCACCAGUUCACCUUCCCCAACCGGCUUGGGAUCUCCAUCUUUGACUACUUUGAAACACAAGGGGACUUCACACUCCAGUCCAUCAGCUGGGAAUAACUGCCUCUGACACCUCCAUAUCAAAGAUACAGAAACUCAUCAAUA